AACAAAACAAAACAAAAAAUGGCUACGGCAGCAGCAGCAGCAGCUGCCCAACGGAAUAUUUUGGACCUGCCGUUCGAGGUUCUCGAUCUGAUUUACAAGGAACUCAUAUACCAACUCGAUAAAGUCAAUCUGGCCAAGGCGGAUGCGUAUCUGGGCGAGGCGUUCGCCUUCCACAGUCACCAGCAGCUUAAGACUGUGGCCCCCUGGCAGUAUAUACCGAGGGAUGCGUGGCCCGUGCUGCUGUCGCUGUGCGGCACAACGGUGCGUGAGUACUUAUGCAGCAACAGUCACAAUUGGAGCCACCCUCUGGCCAAGUUGGUGGAGCGGCACUGCCCCCACCUCGAAAUGGUGGAUGUGAAUGUGAAUGCCGACAACUGCAACAGCGUCAGGUCGAUGAUUGCAAACGCCAGGGCAACAAUAAAGGAAAUCAGAUUGGAUGUGGAUAAUCGCAUCAAAGCGAAGAUCCCACCAAUGAUGCUCCAUGAGUAUCCGGAAUUGCCACAGCUGCGAAAAGGUACCUUUGUCAGGUUUACCAACGAGGAAGUCUUUCAUAUACAGAAAUUCAGCACAUUGGUGGAGCUGACACUGAAUACAGGAAAGCCCGACCACUAUCAAGCCAUCAAACUAUUCGAAAUUACCGCCAGUCUAAAGAAACUGCGCACCCUGAAACUUUUCCAUUAUAAUUUAGUGGAGUCUGGGGCUGCUCCUUCGAUGCCAUUUCCCUGCCUGGAAUUCCUACAAAUCAACUAUUGUGAGAUCUCAACGGAGAUGCCGCAUUGCCCAAAGCUGACAUCCUUGGACAUUCUCAAUUGUAAAUCGAGCAGCGAGAAUGUGCUCAACAGGUGUAUGCUGAAACAUGGCGACACCUUGGUGAAUCUGAAGAUCGACUGUCGCCCCUCGUUAUGCGAUGGCGAGGGUUUUCUCGAAAUACUCCGCCGCUGCAAGAGACUGCGCUUCGUUUACGCACAGGCACAAAGGGUCAAGUUCACCAGGGAUUUUGUGGCCACCAUGAUGGACAUUCUGCAGGACAAUGGCGUCACAACGGAUGAGCCACUGCACCUACUGAUCUACGGCCGAACGAAGGUUAGCUGGCUCCGCCACUGGCUCUCCUAG